AACGGCCGGCGAGCAAUGGUGAUCCAAAUCCUAAAGAGUCUAAAGCCCAAAAGAAGGAAGUUCAGAGUAAUCAAGACAUAACUCCCAACACUAAACAUGAGCAAACAAUGUGUAUACAAACUGACUUAUACCCGCAGAUGGUCGACGGGUCACAGGAUGCAAUUUCAUCUCAUGAAUAUGAAGAACACGAGGCGUUACAGGAUGCUUGUUCAAAUAUUCACUUCUCGCCAAUUCUAUCUCGUGGAUAUUACUUCCCAUUUAAUAAAGGGAAUCUGGUAGAACAACCUGAUGGCUACACAAAGCAUCCAAAGUCAGGGAUUAUCUACCACGAUAUUAUUGUUGGUAGAGGUCAUCCUGUACGCUCUAGUAAUCUGAAGGUGACAUUCCACUACGAUUUCUAUGAUCAAUUUCAUGAGCUCAUUCAGAGCAACACUGUAGAUCGUUCUCCUGAAGAAGUCCAUCUGUGCUGGCAUCGAUUUGGAGAAGGUUUGGCUACAUUUGGUUUUGCUGUGUAG